GUCAUGAAAAUGACUUUACUUUGACGUCAUGCUAGAGUCAAGCGAUGAUCAUUUUUCAUCACGAAGUCUGAUCGUUUAUUGACGCUAAGAAUCAAAAUAAAGCCAUUUCGAGUUCUUUUUGUUGACUCUCUCUCGCGCGCGUCUUCUUUCGGGUGUCGUUCGCUCGGUGUGUGACGCUGCAUCUGUCGGAGCAGGGCCGAAGCCUCCGGAGGUGGAGGAUGCCUGCGUCAUCGUGUAUCAUCGGCGAGAUCGAUCCGUGAAACAUGAUCGCGCCGCUUUACUGUCCGCCGCGUUUUUCCGUCUCGUUCGCGCGCCCAGCAGUGACUCCUCGACGCAGCGCUAUUUUAAUGGAUGGAGAGAAAGAUUAUCAACGGAAGAAAGAUGCCCCGGGCGACGCUCCGUCGCCGGGCGCUGCCCCGUUCGCGUCAGGGGAGGAAACGGAUUGGGAGGGCAUGCUCAACACGGAGCGGCAGCGGGGUGAUCUCGGGGACAUGACGUUCUGCAUGGCCAACUAUCUGAAGGAGACUAUGAAGAUGAUGUUUAUGAUGCGCAGUCAUCAUAUGCUGACUGACGUGAUCCUGGAAGUUGGUACCGAACUGUUUCACGCGCAUAAAGUUAUUUUAGCAGCAGCUAGUCCCUACUUUAAGGCAAUGUUUACUGGAGGAUUAAAGGAAUGCGAGAUGACAAGAGUAAAGCUGCAAGGUGUCUGUCCAACUACGAUGGCUCGCUUAAUGUACUUCAUGUAUACUGGUCAAAUAAGAGUUACUGAGAUUACUGUAUGUUCACUGCUGUCAGCAGCUACCAUGUUCCAGGUUAGCAAUGUGAUAGAUGCAUGUAGUGUUUUUCUGGAAAGACAACUCGAUCCCACGAACGCGAUUGGCAUUGCCAAUUUUGCUGAGCAGCAUGGUUGCCACGAUCUGUAUCAUAAGGCAAAUCAAUUCAUUGUUCAACACUUCAACCAGAUAUGCCAGGAGGAGGAGUUUUUGCAACUAUCCGCCAUACAAUUGGUGACGCUCAUCAGAAAGGAUGAGUUGAAUGUACAGGAGGAAAGAGAGGUUUACAACGCCGUGUUGAAGUGGGUGAAGUAUAACGAGGAAGCGAGGCGCCCUAAGAUGGAACAUAUACUGCACGCGGUACGCUGCCAAUAUCUUACGCCGAACUUUCUGCGGGAGCAAAUGAAAAAUUGCGACGUGCUAAAGAAGGUGCCAGCGUGUCGCGAGUAUCUAGCGCAGAUUUUUAAAGACUUGACGUUGCAUAAGAAGCCGGUUGUGAAAGAGCGUACGCCUAACACGCGGCGAGUAAUAUAUAUCGCUGGCGGUUUCUUCAAGCACUCCCUCGACGUUCUGGAAGGCUACAACGCCGACGAAAAAACGUGGACGCAACACGCGAAGCUCAUCGUUCCUAGGUCUGGUUUGGGUGGUGCGUUCCUUAAAGGGAUGUUCUACGCAGUUGGUGGGAGACACAAUUCACCGGGAAGCAGGUAUGACAGCGACUGGGUUGACAGGUAUAAUCCAAUGACGGAUCAAUGGCGACCAUGCAGCCCGAUGUCAGUACCGAGAAACAGGGUCGGGGUUGCCGUUAUGGAUGGCCUGUUGUAUGCUGUGGGUGGCAGCGCAGGCAUUGAAUACCACAAUAGUGUCGAAUGCUAUGACCCGGAUCAAGAUACGUGGACUAGUGUGAAACCCAUGCAUAUCAAGAGAUUAGGCGUAGGAGUAGCGGUAGUAAAUAGAUUGCUCUACGCGAUCGGUGGCUUUGAUGGCAAGAACAGGCUCAGUUCGGUGGAAUGUUAUCAUCCUGAGAAUGACGAAUGGACAAUGGUAUCGCCUAUGAAGUGCAGUCGUUCAGGAGCUGGUGUGGCCAGUUUAGGCCAGUAUAUAUACGUUAUAGGCGGAUACGACGGGAAAUCGCAAUUGAAUUCGGUAGAGAGGUACGAUACAGAACACGACAUAUGGGAAAACGUCAGCAGCGUCACCAUUGCUCGCAGUGCUCUUAGCGUCACCAUUCUUGAUGGCAAACUAUACGCAAUGGGAGGAUACGAUGGUACGACGUUUUUAAAUAUAGUAGAAAUUUACGACCCGACCCAGGAUCAAUGGGUCGAGGGAGUACCUAUGACAUCAGGAAGAUCCGGCCAUGCUAGUGCAGUGUCAUAUUAUCAGUGUCCUAUACAUUGUGAUCAUUUGGAUUAUAAUAUCUCGCUAGAGAAACCACCGUCGUGAUACACGGAACUGAUACGUGACAUUCAAAAACAAAGAUAGUCAAAUUUUUUUAUUUGCGAAACAAAAUGGAACUUCAAAAUACAGUGCGAAACAAAGUUCCAUACAUUGGAACUGUGUGAUAUAAAGUGGAAAGAAAAUGAUGCAUAUAGAUUUUCCUUCAAUCGUUCGUAAUUGAAUUGAGAAGUGUAUAUCUAAUACUUACCCUGAUAACGAAGCCUAUGUAUGCAGAAAUAGAUUUGGAGUAGAGCCUGCUGUCAGAUCAUGUCAGCAAACUCUGCUACAAAACAUGUUAGUAAAUGUUGUCGUCAAAUCCAUAGCCAAAUGCGGACACAGGUGGCUAUGGUUUUGCAGUCAAAAUGUAAUCGAGUUUGCUGCCACUUUACGCGCAAACAUUUUGCCCAUUUGUGGCAACAUUUUGCUAUCAGGGUAGACGAUAUGCUACACGUGUCAGCCAUCGGACCAUAUUUAAUUGACUAAAAAAUUGUAAUUAAACGACAAAAAGCGCUUUCUCGACAAAGGGAAAUAAUUUUUAUUAUUUUACAAUUUAUCGAAG